AUGCGCGUUAUUGCAAUGCUGCUCUCGCUUCUGGUCCUUCUGCUGGUCUACGCUCUCCCUGGUUCCCAGACUGUGGCCUCCGGGUGCACGCUGGCCAGGGGAACCCGCGAGCGCGAGCCCCGGAGCCCGUGGUGCUGUGCUCUGAGGGCCGAGCUGGGCGGUGGUGGCCGCGGCGAAGGCUCUCUCACUCGGCAGCAGUGGGCACCCCUUUGGACUGGGACGGUCGCGCAGGUUCCUCGGACGCUCUGGGACCCGCCCGUCUGCAUCGCCAACGACCCGGGGUCGACUCCUACCCAGCUCCUCAAGAACAGGACGCCCCCCUUGGCAAGGAGACUGAGGAGCAGAGGCCGCGGGGGAGAGCUCCGCCCCAAACCCGGACGGCUCACCCAAGCCGAGGGGCAGAGAACGAGCAGCCCCCGAAAGGGUGUCAUCAUUAUAGUUCUCAAGACUUUUCAAGAGCAGCCGAAAAUGAACAAAUCCCAGGAGUUGGUGUUAUUCAAGGAUGUGGCUGUGAAUUUUACCCAGGAGGAGUGGCAGCAGCUGGACUGUGAUGAGAAGAUAAUGUACCGGGAUGUAAUGCUAGAGACCUACAGCCACCUGAUCUCACUGGGCUUUGAUAUUACCAAACCAGAUGUCAUCAUAAAGUUGGAGCAGGGAGAUGAGCCAUGGGUAGUAGAAGGUGACUUCCCAUGGCAGAGUUCUCCAGAAGAAGGCUGGAAAGUUGAUGACCUGAUAGAAAGAAUCCAAGGAAAUCAAGACAAACUUUCAAAGCAAACAGUUUCCAUCAGCAACAGAUGCUUGACUGAAGAAAGAGAAAAUAUACUCGAUCAGAGUUUUAAUGUGGAAACAAAUCUGGUUCCUUCAAACAUAGUAUCUCAUAAUUGUGUUUCUUGUGGAAAGACUUUACAAACUUUUUCAGAAUUAAUUAUUAGUGAUGGAAGCUAUGCAAGAAAAAAGUCUGAUGAGUGUAGUGAUUGUGAGAAAGCACAGCAUGGAGACAAACCCUAUGAAUGUAAUAAAAAAGGGGGCGCCUAUUCUCAAAAUGAAGAAAACAUUCUUCAGAAAAUUAGUAUUUUGGAGAAACCUUUUGAGUAUAAUGUCUGCAUGGGCACCUUAAAAAAUGAAGCAGUUUUCAUUACUCAUAAAAGCACUUACAUGGAAGAGAAGCCCUAUGAUUGGAGUGAUUCUGGGUCAGACUUCAUCCAGAUGUCAAAUUUCAAUGUCUGUCAGAGAUCACAAAUGGAAAUGAAGCCCUAUGAAUGUAAUGAAUGUGGAAAAUCCUUUUGUAAAAAGUCAAAAUUCAUAAUACAUCAGAGAGCUCACACAGGAGAGAAACCUUAUGCAUGUAAUGUGUGUGGGAAAUCCUUCAGCCAAAAAGGAACUCUCACUGUACAUCGGCGAUCACACUUAGAGGAGAAGCCCUAUAAAUGUAAUGAGUGUGGGAAAACUUUUUGUCAAAAGUUACACCUCACUCAACAUCAGAGAACUCAUUCAGGAGAGAAACCCUAUGAAUGUAGUGAAUGUGGGAAAACCUUUUGCCAAAAGACACACCUAACUCUACACCAGAGAAAUCAUUCAGGAGAAAGACCCUAUCCAUGUAAUGAAUGUGGGAAAUCCUUCUCCCGGAAGUCAGCACUCAGCGAUCAUCAGAGAACACACACAGGUGAGAAACUUUAUAAAUGUAAUGAAUGUGGAAAAUCCUACUACCGAAAAUCCACCCUUAUUACACAUCAGAGAACACACACAGGAGAGAAACCCUAUCAGUGUAGUGAAUGUGGAAAAUUCUUUUCUCGGGUGUCGUACUUAACUAUACAUUACAGAAGUCAUUUAGAAGAAAAACCCUAUGAAUGUAAUGAAUGUGGUAAAACCUUCAAUUUAAAUUCAGCCUUUAUUAGACAUCAGAGAGUACACACAGGAGAGAAACCUUAUGAGUGUUACGAAUGUGGAAAAUUCUUCUCUCAGAAGUCGUAUCUUACUAUACAUCAUCGAAUUCAUUCAGGAGAGAAACCUUAUGAAUGCAAGGAGAACCCCUAA